AUGAACAAGGGAAGCUUCCUAUACAGCGUCUCAGGAUCCAGAGACUUCCAACACCUGGGCCUGAGUUGGGAAAGCCUCCACAGCCACCUCAGCCUGGACCGGGGAAGCUUCCACCACCGCCGCAGCCUAGGUGCCUGGCUGCAGGAGAAACACACAAAAGACAAGAAAUCCUGCCAGAGCUCAUAUAACCUCUACUUCAUCUUGGACAAGUCGGGCAGUGUGAACAACAACUGGAUGGACAUCUACAACCUUGUGGAAGAGGUGGUAAAGAAGCUUGAAAACCCGAAACUGCGGAUGUCCUUCAUCACUUUCUCCACAUAUGGCCAAACCCUCAUGAAGCUCACCUCAGACAAAAAAAAAAUAGAAGAAGGUCUUAUCAAACUUCGGAAUGUAGUGCCUUCAGGAGCCACACACAUGCAGGAAGGAUUUAAAAAGGCAAAUGAGCAGAUUGAACAAGCAAACUCUGGCGGAAACAAGGUUCCCUCCACGAUUAUCGCUCUGACCGAUGGAACACUGACAGCAGGGCCAUUUCAAGAGACAAUGGAUCAAAUUGAGAAGGCUCGGAAAAUGGGAGCUAUUAUUAUCGGUGUGGGUGUAGAAGGCUAUAAGGAAGAACAGCUACUGGCAAUUGCAGACACCAAGGAACAUGCAUUUGGAGUAAAAUCUGGAUUCAAGUCUUUAAAAAACAUCGUUGAUUCAGUCACAAACAAGGCCUGUAUUGAGGUUACAAGUAUGGAGACUACCAAGACCUGUUUAAAAGAAAACUAUGAAUUGAUGAUUUCUGGGAAAGGCUUUAAUAAUGCAAGGAACAAGGACCAAGCUCUUUGUAGAUUUAAGUUCAGCGAAACGAUAUUCUUCGAUAAACAAGCCACAUCUGUGGAAGAUACCAACAUAAGAUGUCCAGGAGUAAACGUAGACAAUCCAGACCAGGAAGUCUUCGUGGAAGUUAGCCUGGACAAUGGCGCCAGCUUCAUCAAUGACAAUAUUAGCAUCAUCAUUCUUGUCCGAAAUCAACCCUCUGUACUUCCUUGCACUCAUUCCACUCUUGAUCUUCUUCCUGUGGCUGCUCUGGUGCCUCUCACGGUCAUGCUGCAGGAAGAUCCCAAACAGUUUGUGACACAAAGUGACUACCUCUUUCCCAAACACACAAGUUGCUUGGCCCCUGCCCCAGGUCCAGGUGGCAGUGAUGUCUUAGGCAAACUGGAUACCUUGUGUGACUUUGUUCAAGGCUGCGACCAGGUGCCAUUGAUGUGUUGUAAGCCCAAAAACAAGAUCAGGGCCAAGACCCUGGUAAAGACUCAGGUGCCAGUAGCUAAUGUCAUCUUGCCUUGUCCCAGCGGAGGAGGGGAAUAUGAGUUCAGAGACAUCAAAAAGUAG